AAGACGCUUCUCCUCGUGCACCUCAUUAUUUGCUGAUAUGGCUCCAGGGACCACUUUUAAACCAGUAAUAGGCGAGAAGCAAUUCGAAACAUCAGUCAUCACAAAAAUCCUCCUAACCGCCGGAAAGCAUUAUUAUUCCCUUGCAGAAAAACGAAAAGCCAUGGGAAUAAAGGACACCGCGAUCUUGAGGGUGGAAUCUUUUUGCCCGUUGUCAACAUUGGAACUUCGUCACGAGCUUUCCAAAUAUUCGAACGUCAACAAUGAGCAUAAUCUGGUGUCAAGAAGAGCCAAAAAAUAGGGGAGCGUGGACGUUCAUCAAACCCAGAUUUGAAAAUAUGAC